GGUACGAUGAUAGCUGGGGAGACAUACAAAGAGGUGCACAAAACAUGCAUACAAACAGCCAACUGCAAGUAGUACGAUGUGAAACAACCCCGAAUAUUCAAAUCGAAGUAGGCGAUGACAACAACAACAAAAGCAACGACGGCGGCAACAGCCAAAACAACGACGGCGACAUCAACGGCCAAAGCAACAAUAACGAUGGCGAUAUCAACGGCCAAAGCAACAGCAUCAACGGCGAACGUAACGAGCGAGAGGUACAGCUGCUAAGGCGUGAAAUAGAAAGUCUUCUUGAACGCGAAAACGAACUUCUUCAUCGAAUGGCAGAAUUUGGCAGCAGAGCAGUCGGCCCAACAUCGCCGCGUUCCGCAGAAGUUGGUGCUUCUAAAAUUUCCAAAGAAAUGCUGCUAAACAUUUUACCCGAGUUUGAUGGAAAAACAAGCGUUGAUGUGUGGAUGACCCAGUUGGAAAAUGUUUGCAAUGCAUAUGCACUCAACGAAAACGAUAAGCGUACGCUUCUGCUUAGCAAAUUGAAGGGCAAAGCAUUACAGUGGGUUCAUUCAAAACCCAAUUUUGCAAUAGAUGGUGUAGAUAUGCUACUCAGUGAAAUGCAAGAUGUUUUCCAAAGCAAAGAUAGCAAACUAGUCCUGCGCAAAAAAUUCGAAGCACGCAAGUGGAAGGCUGGUGAAGCUUUUAUUGAGUAUUUCAACGAGAAAGUUUUGCUAUCUGCACCGAUACAGCUAAGUGAGGACGAGUUUAUUGAAUAAACCAUUGAAGGAAUUUCCGAUGAGCAGUUGCG